GCCCGCUCGUGGCCCGUUCGAUUUAGGCCCGCUCGGUCCUGGCCCGAGAAGAAAAGAGUCCGGUCCGGGCCCAGAAAUUCAGACCGAAAAAAAUCGGUCCGGUCCGGUCUUUAACCGGGCCGAACGAAAAGACCGAGCCCAAUAACAACAAAACGAGUGGCCUCCUCCAGCCCUCCUCGUUGCACGGUCGUUUCCUCCUCCGCUCCUCGCUCCUCCGCUCCUCGUAGAAGAACGGCGGCUCCUAACCCUAAGGCGACGGCGCCGUCGUCCGCUCCUCCGCGUCCUCUCUCCUUCACCGACGACGACGAGUCGACGACGACGUCUCCUGUUAGUCCAAGCUGGAGGGUCGUCCUCACGUCGGGGUCGCAACAAGACCACGCCGUCGAUCCCGCCUCCCCUGGUUCCUCGCCGAGCGCCACGAGGAGGAAGAGGGAAUGGUGAAGGGAAAAGGAGCGGCUGGUAAGGAGAAGGAGAAUGGGAAGGCGAAGACAAAGGCGAAGAGCGUUAAUUACCUAAUUAGGCAAGAUUCGCCGCUGCCUCCGCCGGUUCCGAGGAAGGGCAAGCAUAAGGCGCGGAUUAGGAAGGCAAAAGAAUUUCCCAAUGCCCCAACGGGAGAGUUUAUUUGUAGCAUAAAGAAACACCCUCCGCCUCCUCCGCGUCUCCCCGAUCGCACCGGUGCCGGUGUGCAUGCCGCGGAAGCCGCUGCCUCAUGUUAGUCAUGUGCUACACGACGAGGAGAAGGAGGAGGACGCCGAGGACGAGGAUGCCGAGGACGAGGACGCCGAGGACGAGGACAAGGAAUAUGACGAGCAGAAUCUGUUUGUGGUCCCGCCAUUGCAAGGAGGUGGUGAUAUGUCGGAUGAUGAUACAUCAGAUGGGUACAAGGAAUCAGCUGAUGAACUAGAAGGUGGUGACACUAUGUCCGAGGAAUCACUUGUGCAUGUCGUCUCUAGUGAGGACUCUGAGGAGGAAGCAAGAGAAAGGAAGAAGAAAAAGAACAAGAGGCCAAGAGUCAAUGCUCCUGUUAGAGCAAUAUCAGAUGUUUGGGCCCAUUUUCACAAGGUCAAGGAGCCAUCGUUGAAGAACCUCGGACAAAUUGUGUUGAAGGCUUGUUGCAAUUAUUGUCCAAAUAAAUAUGCGUAUGAGAAAGGUGGCAGCACCUCAACUAUUGGAAGGCAUCAUUUGAAAUGUUUGAAUUACAAGGCCAAGAUGGCUAGGGCUGCCAUCCAAACAACUCUUGAAUAGCGCAAAACCAAUGGUACAUCAAGUGUUCCAACGAUGAGCCCCUCCAUUGAUUAUGACCAAGGAAUCAUCAAGGAGCUUAUUGCUAAGAUGAUAUGUGUGCAUGAGUAUUCAUUUAGAAUGGUUGAACAUGAGUGGUUCAACAUUCUAAUGAAGUGCAUGAAUCCAAAUUAUAAAUCCAUUGGAAGGAAGGCAAUACGAGCCGAGUGCUUGAGGGUUUACAAGAAAGAAAAAGAGGUGCUUAAAUCUGUCCUAAGGGGUGUGAGCUCCAUAUCUCUAACCACGGAUUUAUGGACAAGCAACCAAACCUUAUCUUACAUGUGUGUGGUUGCACACUAUAUAGAUGAUAAUUGGAAGAUCCAAACCCGUGUACUUGGUUUCCUAGAGUUGGAUCCUCCUCACCCUGGAAUUGUCAUUGCAGAUGCUCUCUAUGCGUGUGUGAAAGAUUGGAAUAUUGAGACAAAAAUUAUGUCCAUCACACUAGACAACGCUUCAAACAAUGAUGGUGCAAUCGAAGCUUUGAAGGCCAAGUUACCCGUUGUGGAGGAGAUCAAUGAUUAAAUUUGUGUUAUGUUCGAACUUGUCGAGUAAUGAACUAUGAAUUUGUGUUAUAUUCAACUUGUCAAUUGACAUGGACUCUAAAUUGUCAUUGCAAGUUUGUAAUCGUGAUAUUUGUGCUAUGAAUCUUAUUUGUGCU